UGCCAGCCUUUUCUCUUUACUCUCUCUCUCUCUCUCUAAAUUCUCUCUCCAAGACCUUACUCGAACCCUAGAGAAAGAGAAAGACAGAAACUUUGGAGGAUCCAACGGCGGAGUCCUUCGAGAAUUCUCAUCGGAGUGUUUUUCUACGGAUGAAGUUUGGGGCUUUAACAACACAAUGGAGGAUGAUGAUGUUGAUGAUCUCUGGGGUCCGCCACUUGUGGUGAAAGACGAUACCUUUGGUAAGCAGCUGCCUCUACGUGGUUGUGAGUUUUGGUUUGAUUUCAGAACAGAUGUGCUUGAAGAAAGUUUCCAGAUCGGGAGAUAUUGUGAGCUAGUGUGGACCAUACUUAACGAGAAGAAGAUCGAUGAACUUGGCUCUCCUCCUGAUUCGGACAAGACGCUCAGUGCUACUCUUCCUGAUGCUGACACUAGCUCUGCAAAAUCUUCUCUUGACGAGGAUGAGAACACGUCUAGCAUCAGCGAUGCUCAAACUAUGCAGAACAAAGAUUCCACUAACGAAACUGAAGAAGUUGACCCGGAAACAAACUUAAAGCCUCAGGAGGAGACAGCAGAAGCUAAUGAGGAAAUAACAGUUGAGGUUGUAGAAGAUGUGGAUACCUCUUUGAGCCCUGUGUUGGGGAACAACAUAGAGGAAGCUGAGGAACACUCUUGUUCAUCCUUGGUCACUCAGCAAGUCUUUGAUCCUAUAAAACAAGCUCCCGAGAACAAAUCUCCCUCUGCUAUAAUAAGCCAAGAGAACAAUGGAGAAGGUUCCACUUUGACGCCAUUAGUUGAGACCAAAGAGAAGGCAAAUGCUACAAACGAAGAUGGAGAAAUACUAAAGGAUCAGCAGAAGCAGAAGCAAAGCGAUAGCUUGCAAGACAUCGAAACUGCGUCUGAACCUUUUACCACAGAGUCUCUCUUAGAAAUGUGUGAUGAUGAACCGGAGAAAGGCAGAGAAGAAGAAGCCCCAAGCGAAAGAUCAAUGACCGAAGCUGUGAAGACCGUCGUUGUUAAGGAGGAGCCGAUCAUAAACAUGCUUACCGAGGCAAGGAUCAAGAUAGAGAGCAAGGAGGCAUCGUUGAAUCCUCCUGUGUCUGUCCCGAUCAAGAAGAGAAAGAGAGCUUCUGACUGCACGAGUUUGAUCAGAAACACCAAGCAGAAAGUAGUAGGAGGUGAGGUUAACACAACACCAACCGAGUCAAAACCCAAGAUCAUCAUCACCAAGGGUCCAAGUGUUCCUCCACCGCUUUCAGCUUCGACGCUUGAUUUGAUAGACAGAAUUAGACAGAGAAGAGGUUGGAAGACCAUCAUGGGUGAACCACCAGUGAUCUUACUAAGCGAGUUGCACGACAAGACAGGCAAGGAGCUAAGAAGCAUAGCCAAGGAGCUGAAAAUAACACAUUACUAUAAGAUGAAGAAAGAAGAUCUGCUUCAGAACUGCAUCAUGUGGCUAAAACUGCAGCUAACCGGUUGUUGCAAGGAGCAGAGAAUGGAGUCACAACCCCUCUCUCUGGUAUAGUUUAACAUUAGAACCUUACAGAAGAAUCCUUCUCUCUGUGCUCUUGGACCAUUAGCUUGUAUAAAUCACACGGGAGCUUGCUUUGGCUUUUAGAGUGCGUUUCAGGAUAGUCUAAAGUAGAAUAUUGUUAUUGGGGAUAUAUGAAGUUUGAUAUUUUCUUAGUAAAAAAUUGGUUCAGUCUUUUAGUAAAUUUAUCUGUUAUAUCAUCUUCUCUUCAUAAUCAUAUCCAACAAGUUUUAGACUAUAUGAAGCCAUGACUUGGACUAAUCAAAGGCUGAUCUAGAAGGGAAGGCCUAUAGAAU